AUGCAAAUCGAUUAAUAAUAAUAAUCUUCAUCAACUUAAGACAAGGAGGCUGAAAGUCCAAAAAAAAAGGAAGAAGUCUAAGUGAUAGUUUUUCCUCAGAAAUUCCUUAAUCCUCUCUUGACUUUUAGAAUGAAUGGGGUAUCUAGAAUAACCAAAUAAAUUCAAGGAUUUUCAUCUAUAUGCAGAUGCUCGCUACAUUCAAAGUCACAAUCCAUUAAAAAUUGGUAUUAGUUGCCAGAAUCCAUAUAAAAAAAUUACAAAUAUUGUUUUGGAUUAAUGCACUGAAACAAUCACUCUACAAUAUACAUAAUUAGAUUUUUCAUAAAUUCCCUGGGAAUAUGUAAUUAAAAGAUUAGAGAGCUAUGGAGAUUUCGAAAUGAACAAAUUAGGUUUAUACAUUAGGAAAUACAAUGAGUAGCUUAAUUCUGGUUUAAAUUAAGAAAAUAGUAAAAUGGUAAGAACUAUGUUUUAAUUAUGUAUGUAGGUCGAAAAGAAUUAGUAUAGAUCAAAAGGAUCGUAUAAAUAUUAAUACAUAAAAGAAUUAGAUUAAUUUUUCAUUUCUUCCGUAACAUAUGACAUCAAAUUAAUAGAAGAUUUGGGAUUUUCACUUCCAUAAUUUAUUGAAUAGUGUUUUAAGACAGGGAUUCCAGAGUUUAUUUAUUUUAAUUUAUUAUAAGAAUAUCUUUGAAGCCAGAUAGCACAAACGACCAGUAUUAUAAAAAUGUUGUCGAAUUUGGCAAACCUUUGAUAUUCCCAGAUGAAAAACAAGAUUUUUAUCUAUAUUCGCAUAGAUAUCCUUAUGUAUGAAUGGGUAACUUAAAUAUUUUAAGGGUCUGAAAACUGACGUAUCUUUUUCUAUAGGAAAAGAAAAUUCAUAAAUGAAAAAUGACGAUCUCGUAAAUUUCAAUUUCUAUUUUAAUUACAUACCUAAGAUACAACCUAAAGAAUCGAUAUUCCAAACUAAAAAGCUAAGAUCUUCGAACAGCAUAUCAUUUUAUUAUUAGAUUUAAGAGAAUUAAUAUUAAAGAUGUGGUUAUAAAAAAAUUAAACUUUCUUGA